GAAGGUAGGAGUCGCUGGCAUGCAACUUUGGUGCCAAGUCUGCACUCGUCGUCUUGGAUUAGCCCAGUGCACCAGAACACGUGCGAAUCAGCUGCUGCUUUGCGUGCGUUUUUGUGCUCCCAGUGUGUUUUCUGACUCAAUUUUGAAUAUUCCGCCUUCGAGGAUUCUGGCGCCCUUAGUGCAUCCGUCGAUUGCUCUACCGCACACAGUUGGAUCCCGAGCAGCUUUUCCGACCGGUGCUGAGGUAUGUGUGGAUGUUACAUAACAAGUAGUGAAAACAUUUUUACGCCUCCAGGAAACGGACCAGACGCGGAUGGUGUGACGGAAUGAGAUGUCGAGGUGGAGUGCCGCGGAUGCUGAUGAAAGAAGAAAUAUCGCCACGUCCCGUCGAACAUAAUUAAUUGCCAGUUGACGAUGCUGACCAAAUUUGAGCAUUGAAAGACACACCAGAAGCAGCACCAACCAACCCAAAAUGGACAUCGGCGAAGCCUUGCGCAACGAGGACUUGUCCAAAGCCGACUUCUUCGACUUCGUCGCGUGUCCGGAACUGUCGGACAGCAACCGACUGAUGAGGGGCUCGCCGCCCAGCAACGGUUUCGUCGACAGUCUGCACGAACUGAAGGAGGCCAACAACAACAACCUGCCGUCGACCGACGGCUUUGAGCACCUGCUGUGGAACAACGGCACCCAGCAGACCAAUGGUGACCUCAAGCCGGACACCGUCAAGCUGGAGACGGCCAUCUUCGGCUGCGAGGACUGGAACAAACUCUGGGGUCACGCGGUGGUCACCACCGAACCCGUGGGGUCAACACCAGCCGCCGCCCAGAGAAACACCGACGGCGCCAUUUACACGCUGACCGUGCUCAACGGCGAAAGCAACAACCAGAACUGGUUCGCGCCUAAACCUGUCGAAGACCCUCUUCCUCAACAGGAAAUCGAAAGUCUGCUGAGCAUCAUGGCGCCGACCAACGGCUUCCGCCCAGACUCGAUGGACCUGGUCAACUCGCCCUCGGCAGCCACCACCUUCAACUACUCAGACGAGUCUUCGGCGACGACAACACCCAGCUGCACUACCAGCACCGCCUCAACUACCACCACCACCACUUCCUCCUCGGAUCCGCUGCUGAACGAGUCCGAUGAAAAUUACCACAAUUCACUUCUGCGCAGCGCCCUUCAGGGCAAGGCGUCCUUCCUGUCCACGCGAUACAACAUCAAGUUCGAGCAAAACUGCGACGAGACCGGCGCCGAGUUAGGCCACACCAACGGCGGUUCGGACAUGGUGGUGACCAGUCCUAUUGGCUCCUCGAGGGCAGAUUCAUCCCCCAACCAGAACCUGUUCACCACCACUGGUGUUCUGCCCUCAAUGUUCGACCAUCAGAAUUUAGAUUCUGAACCGUCAGCGCACAGUAUGGAAGAACUGUUGUUGUCUCAGCUCGACGUGACCUACGACUACGAAAAGCUGCGCAGGAUCGAGGACGAGGUGGCCGAGUCGGUGCAGCAGUACUGCAACAACAACACGGUGCGCACCACCGACGACUCGAUGUUCAAAAUCGACGGACAGCCGCCGAGUCAGCCGGUGCAGGCGGCGCCGUCCACCAAGAGCAAGAAGUACUCGAAGCGCAGCAAGGCAUCGGCGGAAAAGAGCAACAGCGCCGCCAACGCGAUGACCAACGGCGGCGUCCGGAAGGAACGAUCUCUGCACUACUGCACCAUCUGCAGCAAGGGCUUCAAGGACAAGUACUCCGUCAACGUGCACAUCCGCACCCACACGGGCGAGAAGCCCUUCGCGUGCACCAUUUGCGGCAAGAGUUUCCGGCAAAAGGCGCAUCUGGCCAAGCAUUACCAGACGCACGCACAGAAGACGCUCAGCAAUAGCCCCAAUCACAAAUCCUCCAAGAGAUAGCGUGUGCACCGACCUAUGAGACACGGAUUGAUUUUUCUAAUCAUUUUUUUCGAACACGACAAGUGCAAUGAUCAAAUGGUGUCGAUUCAAAUAUCAUGCAGACGUGUUUCGUUUGAAUUCUUGCCUGAGAACAUUUUUUGUGUGUGCGUAACGAGGACUGUAAGAUUUUUUAAGGACCCAACGACUAUACCCAAUGCGUAAAAGCGACCCUAAUUAGACGCACCACCGAAAAAAGAAACAACGAAGGAAUCCUUUAUAUUGGACGACUUUGUAAAAAGAAUUGGCUUAGCCAAUAUCAAGUGUAGUUUUUCGUAUUUGAAAAUUAUGUUUUUAUUGUAAUUUAUUGUAAAUGACGUGCUGAAUAGGUAGUUUAAUGUUAAUUGUAAAAAAAAAAUAAUGCUGCGCGUUCAUCAGAUUCGCAGCUGUUUUUUGCCAUAUGUAUGAGUAACACAAUAAUGAGAUCCCGUAUAUAUAUUUUAGCCAACGAAAUCGCGGCAGAACAAACGCAUUUCAUCGCUUGUCCAUGAAAUGGAGCAGAGAUGUAAAUAGCCCAAUAUUGUAAAAGUGUGUUUAAACGCCUUAUAUGUAUAGUAAAAGUAAUUUUUUUUUUUGUAUAAAGAAGAAUGUUACAGAGUUUUUUCGUCUUUGGAUUUUAUCGUCUGUUAAAAUGAUUGAGGUUGUUCCUAAAUCAAUAUUUUUUUGUUUUUUCACUAUGAGAGGAAAGUUCAACAAAUAAGCAGCAGCUGUGAUUAUGAGGCUCUCCUGAAGUUUUAAAUUUUCUUUAAAAAAGAGCAACAUUUGAGAUAAACUAAUUUGGCAAUUUGCAAAUUUUAAUGUUCCCAUUUAGGAUUAAAAAAGAUAAUAUGCGUAACACCUCAAAUUUUAAACAUAUUUUGCGUAAUUUUUCAAAUUGAUACGCGUGUAUAAAUUGAUGAAAGGUGUGGCUGUGGAUUUAUUAAAAAAAGGUAAUCUUACGAUUUUGCGAUCUCAAAACACAAAAUGUAAUAAACAAGCUGAGAUUACUGUUUGAAACUGCUGCUGUUGUCCGCCACAGAACGUUAGAACCAGAGAGCAAAUCUUUUUCCAAUAACGUAUGGCGGAUUCGUGGAUCAAAUACUCUCUCUUUAAAUUAGGAUUUUUGAAAUUCUAAUUCAAUAAUUCGUAACUUGACGAUUGUGCAAGAUUCAUCAAGAGUAUUAAUAAAUAUUUUACUAUUUUGCUGCCGUAGAUAAGAACGGGGCCAAUUUAAUAUUUUUUACUACAUUUAUAUGUGUUAUUAAAACCGCAAGUGCCAAACUACUGGAUGCAUCACUAAUUAAAAUGUCAUCUCGAUCAAGUGCACUUAUAAAAUUUUGCUUCCUUCACGACCUUUGAGUACAAAGGACAGAGUUAAUUAACGAUUUUUGUGCUAGAAACGUGCCCACCCACACACGCAACGAAUGUAAACGUUUCCCCGUGCCCAUUUUACCCAUUCAUGCAAUAGUACUUAAAUGAAGAAUAAUAGUAGACAAGGAAAUUUAAACUUACAUUAACUUUUGCCGUAAACCAUCACAAUUAAUUAGCCGGAAAAAAUUAUAGUAGUCUAGACUGAGUAUCUGUAGCUGAAAAGAUUGGAGCUUCACACACGAUUAAGUAAUUUUAAUGAAUUUAAUAACCUUUAUUACUUUUAUAUAUUUUUGCAGCUUAUAGACAGUUAUUAUUAUUUUCUACGUAUUUUGUUUGUCAAUUGAGAUAUGCAAGGUGUAUCUUUAAAUCAAUAAAACUGAAUCAAAUGGUUCGAAA